UAUUGUAAGAAAAAAAAAAAAAAUACAAGAAAUCUGUACGGUAAGCACAUGCUCUGUGUCCAAAGGGAGUGUGUGUAACGUUAGUGGAACCGUUUGUCUUGCUCAACGGUCAGGAAUGUCAGCUGGCAGCGACAGCGGAGCUCGCCUCAACCAGUUCAAAAACAAAGGGAAAGAUGCCAAUGAGCUAAGGCGCAGGAGAGCGGAAGUCAACGUGGAGCUCCGAAAAGCAAAGAAAGAUGAUCAGAUCCUGAAGAGGAGAAAUGUCCACAGUCUUCUGGACGAGCCGACCUCUCCUCUGCAAGAGAAAGAUCCAAACGCACAGCCUCCUCAGCACUGGUCGGUGGAGGAGAUUGUAGGACUUGUAAACAGCCAGCACCUAGAUCAUCAGCUGCAGGCCACGCAGGCAGCCAGAAAGCUCCUCUCCAGAGAAAAGCACCCACCUAUUGACAGCAUAAUUGCUGCCAGGCUCAUCCCAAGGUUUGUUAGUUUUCUGGCAUUGUCUGACUGCCCCCCCAUCCAGUUUGAGGCAGCUUGGGCCCUGACCAACAUCGCCUCAGGUACAUCAGACCAGACUACCGCUGUAGUGGAAGGAGGGGCCAUCCCAGCCUUCAUCAGCCUGGUGGCAUCACCCCACCUGCACAUAAGCGAGCAGGCCAUUUGGGCCUUGGGUAACAUUGCAGGUGAUGGAUCCAACUACAGAGACCUAGUGAUCAAACAUGGUGGACUUCAACCACUCCUGGUGCUGCUGGCGACCCCAGACCUGUCUGCGUUUCCUUCUGGCUAUCUGCGCAAUAUCACCUGGACACUAUCCAACCUGUGUCGGAACAAGAACCCAGCCCCUCCUUUGACGGCAGUGCGACAGCUGCUUCCAGCCCUGGUGCGCCUCCUGCACUAUGACGACAGGGAGGUCCUAGCGGACACCUGUUGGGCUGUGUCCUAUCUGACCGAUGGCUCCAAUGAGAGGAUAGAGGUGGUGGUGCAAGCUGGCCUGGUGCCCCGCCUGGUAGAGCUUCUUGGCUGUGGGGAGCUCUCCAUUGUGACUCCAGCCCUGCGGUCACUUGGCAAUAUCGUGACCGGGACAGAUGAGCAGACCCAGUGUGUUCUGAAUGCAGGUGCCCUGGCGAUGUUCCCCAGCCUGCUGCAUCACCAAAAGCCCAACAUCCAGAAAGAAGCAGCCUGGACAGUGUCCAACAUCACCGCUGGCAAGGACACCCAGAUUCAGGAGGUUAUCAAUGCAGGACUGAUGCCCAUCCUGGUGGAGAUCCUCGAACAGGGAGACUACAAGACCCAGAAGGAGGCAGUGUGGGCUGUCACCAAUUAUACCAGCGGUGGAACAAUGACGCAAGUGGCCUACCUCGUCCACUGCAAUGUGCUGGGGCCUCUGCUCAACCUACUGACCGCUAAAGACAGCAAAAUCAUUUUGGUCAUCCUGGAUGCAAUCAACAAUAUUUUACAGAUGGCUUACAAAAGUGGUGAGAUUGAGAAGCUAUGCCUAAUGAUAGAGGAGUUGGGUGGUUUGGACAAGAUUGAAGCACUGCAGUGCCACGACAACAAAGCUGUCUACAAGUCCUCUCUCAACAUUAUAGAAAGAUUUUUCUCUGAAGAGAAUGAAGAUGAUGAGUCUGUGGUUCCUGAGGCUACAGCAGACUGCUUUGCCUUCCAGAUCCCCAAAGACCAAAGGACUUUCCAGUUUUAACACGUCCAGUUUUCUCUGUCACAUAUACAAAAAAUGAAAAUUCUUACCUUUUGUUUAUAUUUUGUAUUUUUUUUUAGACAUUUCAUCCGUGCACAUAACAGUACAAAGACAAAACA